AUGGCGGGCCGGCAGCCUGCAGGGGAAGCACCCCACGCGCCUCUGCCGGGGGUCGGAGAAGGACAGAUGAUCGGCCAGAAGGAGGGCUACAUAGGGAAAAUCGGCGCAUGGACAAAAGUGGCGUACGGGCUGCCUGGCUUCGCGACGACCUCGCUGUCGUUCCUGAUAUCUGUGUACGCCAAUGACUUUUACAACCUCUUGGGUGUGGGCUUAUCUUUCCUGUCCUUCUUCACUGCCCUUGCCCGAUCUUUCGAUGUCCUCACAGACCCCGUGAUGGGCUGGUUUUCUGACAGAACGCGGACAUCUUGGGGCCGAAGGCGGCCGUUCAUGGCCAGCGGGUGUAUCUUCUACGCACUCCUGUUUGUUUUGCUGUUUUCCCCACCAGUAGGACAAGGUGGAAGCAGCAACACUGCCACGCUAUGGUUUGCUGUCUUUUAUCCCACUUUCUAUCUAUUUGACACAUUCACGAAUGUGCCCUAUGAGGCUCUUGGGCCUGAGCUCUCAGAUGACUACAUUGAAAGGAACCAAGUUUUCUUCACCGCAAAAAUCUUCAACUUCCUAGGAAUGCUGGUUGCUGCUGGUGCCCCAGCAUGCAUCACGUUUCUUCUUCGCAAGAUAACCAAUGCAUAUCUAGACUGCCGGAGCAUGUUCUCCAUCGAAAAUGUACCAGGUUUAGACCAGCCGAAUCCACCGGAGUUCCUUGAACCGUCCAGUAGGACGUGCUCAAAAGGGACAUACUGCGAUGGCUCCUCUGGGCGGGUAUGUUUUUUGCAGACCUACCUGCAGGACACUGUUAGGGAGUACUAUGAGCUGGAGCUGGAGAACCUGAAUGACCAGUGUAGCAAAGCUAUCCUGUCCCCAAGCCUGUUGGACUGUUUUGGAAGGAGUGAGUCUGUUUGUGAGACACCUGAGGCUGAGGAUGCAGAUGUCUGUGUCCCUGCGGAGAGAUUCUCCAUAUCUUACCUUGACGCCCAACGAAAAUCGUUCUUCUUUGUGUCCCUGGUGUUCGGUGUGUACUUCAUGGCCAGCAUGUGGAACUGUGUGGUUUCCAUUAGAGAGAGGAAGAUGUCUGUGGGGGCCAAGGUUGCAGUCCCCCUGGUGCCAUCGAUUCUGCGAGCAUUCAAGAACCGUGCAUUUCGGCCCCUCCUGGCAGCCUGGGCGCUGGAUGGGUUGGCCUUGUCAGCAAUUGUGACUAUGUUCCCUUUCUUUAUUCGGUAUGUCGUCAUCAGUGAUGGUGUGAAGGCCAACGAGGGAGGUUAUCCGAUGGAUCCGAUGGUUUGCAUGGGAAUAAGUGUGAUGGGGCUUCUUAUCGCAGCAAUGCUGUCAGCCCCUGUGUGGCUCAUUCUGAGCAACAGGUUUGGAAAGUACAACGCUUGGAUUCUGUACAAUUUGGUCAACGUGUUCACAAACCUUUUGUUCUUCAUUCCUGCCGAAGGAGACCCAGGUCAGACAAUAGCUGUCAUGAUGCUGAACGGCAUUCCUGUGGGUGGUCAGUUCUUGACAAGCUCCGUUCUUGCAGAUGUUAUUGACUAUGACGAGUUCCUGAAUGGCUCAAGAUCUGAGGGCAGCUUCAGUGUGUUUGCAACACUGAUUCCCAAGUUCGUGGCCAUUCCUGCAAGUGCCCUGCCUCUGGCUGUCGUGAACCUACUUGGCUUCGAGCCUCCAAUCAAGGGAGUUGCGCAGGAGCAGACCGGUGCUGUCAAACUGUUCAUCCGUAUGACGUUUGUGCUGCUUCCACUGCUGGCAGCCUUCUUUGGCUUCCUCAUAAAAAUCUUCUUUCCAAUAAAGACACCAAAGAUAUUGAGUCAGAUACAAGAGGGCAUUGCCAAGCAUGAAAGGAAGGAGCCUGCCAUUGAUCCCCUCACUGGCCAUGAAGUGAAGCUGAUGGAGCUCACAGAGGAGGAGUCUGAUGCUGUUUGGCUGUAUGAGAAUUUCUCAUCUGGCUGCUUGCAGUAUUUGCAGGAGCAGGGGACUGCCAAACCGAUCGUGAUAGAAAUGGCCCUGUAUUUUGCUUCUGGUGGAGUCUUCACCAUUUCAUUCUUGGUGGCCACCAUUCUAACGUUCAGGUUCAUCGACAACCGAAAGUUGGCGAUACUACCAAUUGGUCUGGUGAUCAUGUUUGGAAUGUCCUUGAGUUUCAUGCUGCUCAACAUGCUGCGUUUCUUUGAUGCCUUGACAUUGAGCAGAUCGGACUUUUCAAAACACAACGACUUGAUCGCAAGGCUGAUGCUUGCCAAGACACAUGGACAGCGAUCGGGGGCCAUUGGAGAAACACCAAUCAUUGGCCACAUGUUUCAAACGACUGAUGAGAGCAGGCAGGAGGAAGUGGCAUCCAAGUAUGCAUCACUGUGGAUUGUCCGCUGGAGGAAUGGUCGUUUUAAAGAUACACACCCCAAAGGCUUGCAAGGCCGUAAAUGUGCAAAAGGAGAAGGGAGAUCUGCCAGCUCGUAUGCAGGCAACAACCCCCUGCCAUGCCAGGAUGAACCAUCAGCGAGCUCGUUGCCUGUUUCCCCCAAGUCACAUGUGCAAGAACAAUUUCAUUGGGCUGCGAGCCACGCACAGGCCUUUGCCAUUGCUCAAGGCCGCGAAGACAGGUGGACUCCUGUGUGCGGAUCUUCGGUGUGUGAUUCUUUGGAUGCUGUCAGAGAAGCUUCCAUAGCAGCAAGGGCCAGAUUGGCCCCACCGGACAAGGGUCACAAGGGUGCCUUGGAUUUUGCUAAGGGAUCAUUUUCUACCCUGCCAAAGGGCCUAUCUAGGCCGAUCCCUCCCUGGGAGCAGUCACACAUUGGAGACUCUCAGGCCACACCUCCUUGGGAGCAGUCACACAGGGCAGAAUCAGGGACAAGGAACGCACUUCCAUCAUCUUCUGGUGUGGGCCAUGCCCUUGCCGACGUGAAAAGCCCUGUGCAAAGAAGUUCAGAAGGAAAAGGCAUUUCAAGCGCUGCCAUGCUAGCGGCACCGGACGCUGUGACUGAGUGCCACUGUGAUACUCCGGAAAGCCAACAAUCAGGUGUUCAUUCUGACCACAGACUUUUGAGCCUCAGGGAAGUGAACAUUUGGAGUGACAGCAGCGCAGACAUGGCCACUGUGAGACACAACAACUGUGCAGCCACAAUUUGGAGUGACUCCAGCCUUGGUGAUACGAUUGAUGAACUGGAAGGAAGUCCCUUGGCCCAUGAAGCAUCUCAGCCUGAAGUCCACGUGGACAUCCAGAACCCAUUGGGUGUUAGCCUAUGGAGCGAUUUCAGCUUGGCAGACUCUCCAAGGGAAGAGGAAAAGAGCCUUGAAUCAAAACGGGGUGGUUAG